AUGUGUGCCCUAUUUAAGACACAGGCACAAAGGAAGGUCUACAGAGAACCCAGAGACAAGGGUCACAGAUCACCCACCUCAGCCAGGCCAGCAGCAUCUGCAAGAUCCCCAACGGCCCUACCCUUUUCCUUCCUGACGGCCCUGGUGGUGCUCAGCUGCCACUCCAUCUGCUCUCUGGGAUGUGACUUGCCUCAGACCCACAGCCUGGGCAACACGAGGGUCUUGAUGCUCCUGGAACAAAUGAGGAGAAUCCCCGCCUUCUCCUGCCUGAAGGACAGAAAUGACUUUGGAUUCCCCCAAGAGGUAUUUGAUGGCAACCAGUUCCAGAAGGCUCAAGCCAUCUCUGUGGUCCACGAGAUGAUCCAGCAGAUCUUCCACCUCUUCAGCACAGAGGGCUCAUCUGCUGCCUGGGAUGAGACCCUCCUGGACAAAUUCUACAUUGGACUUGAUCAGCAGCUGACUGACCUGGAAGCCUGUCUGACCCAGGAGGUGGGGGUGGAAGAGACUCCCCUGAUGAAUGCGGACUCCAUGCUGGCUGUGAGGAGAUACUUCCAGAGAAUCACUCUGUAUCUGCAAGAGAAGAAAUACAGCCCUUGUGCCUGGGAGAUUGUCAGAGCAGAAAUCACCAGAUCCUUCUCUUCAUCAACAAACUUGCAAGAAAGAUUAACGAGUGAGGAAUGACACCUGGUUCAACAUGGAAAUGAUUCUCACUGACUAAUAAUAUCACACUUCCACGUGUUCUGCCA